AAACCGAAAGCUCCAGCGUCUCCCAGCAUGGAGGAGGAUCCCUGCCUUUCCUUUCCUAAACCCCCAGUGGACCCUGCGAAGAUUAGAAGAAUAAGCAGCGCCCGGGCUCGCUUAUUCAGGGCGGCCUCCCAGGGAGCCCUCCUGCCGGACUCCCUUCCUCCCUCUGACUCAAAGAAGACAGUGGAAUCCUCAGAAGCAAUUAUAAUGGGGAACUCCAUGGUGAAAGUCAAUGGGAUUUAUUUAACAAAAUCCAAUGUCAUUGGCCACCUGAAGAGUCACCCACUUCAACUAACUUAUGAUGGAGGCUUCUGUGACAUCAAGGAACAAGAGACGAGCACAAUUCUGCCAGCUCAUCUCGGGAGCAGAGGGGACCAGGGAAGGAGGUGUGCAAGGGCCUCUUCCUGCCCCGGCAGCUGGGAUCUGAACAGGCUGCAAAGCAGAGCAGUCUCAAAACCGGACUUGCAAGAAAAGGAAACAGAAAUAGAAGACGAAGUCUUUUGGAAUACAAGGAUUGCACCAAUUUUGUGUGAACUAGAAAAGGAAGAAAACAUUGAAAUGGUUUGUGGUGCCUGCACACAACUUCAUCACGCUUUAGAGGAAGGAAACAUGCUUGGAAAGAAAUUUAAGAGAAGAAGUUUUCUCCUGAAGACUCUGUACAAACGAGUUGAUGUUGGCUCAGACUUGCUCAGCCUUAAACUUGCAAAAAUUAUUCUAGCACUGAAAGUGAGUAGAAAGAAUCUUCUGAAUGUCUGCAAACUUGUAUUUAAAAUUAGCAGGAAUGAGAAGAAUGAUUCUCUGAUUCAAAAUAACGGUGUUCUGGAAUCAUUAUUGGAGGUUCUGCGAAGUGAAGACCUGCAAAGAAACACCGAAGCUUUUUUAUACUGUAUGGGGGCUAUAAAAUUCAUUUCUGGAAAUCCAGGAUUUUUUGACGAAAUGAUCAGCAGAGGUGCUGUGGAAAUACUGGUGAAUUUGAUAAAGCAAAUAAAUGAGAACACCAAGAAAUGUGGCACAUGUUUGCCUAACUCAGGUCACUUGUUAGUCCAGGUGACUGCUACACUGAGGAACUUGGUUGAUGCCCCACGAGCAAGGAGUAAGCUCCUGGGCAUCAGUGCCCUUCCCCAGCUCUGCACAGCAAUGGACCAGUGCGUGGGUGACAAGGACGUCUGUACCAAUAUUGCCAGAAUAUUCAGCAAACUUACUUCUUACCGUGACUGCUGUGCAGCCUUGGCCAACUAUUCCAGAUGUUACGCCUUGUUUUUGAAUCUGAUAAACAAAUACCAGAAGAAGCAGGAUUUAGUCAUUCGCAUUGUUUUUAUUCUUGGCAACCUGACAGCGAAAAACAACCAGGCUCGGGAGCAGUUUUCCAAGGAGAAAGGAAGCAUCCAGACCCUGCUGUCAUUACUCCAUACAUUCCACCAGCUGGAUCUGCGUUCCCAGUCGCAGGGGGGUGAGGAAGGCCGGCAGCCCAAGGAGCAAAGGUCCCCGACAGAGGCCGAGGACGUGCUCAUCAAGCUGACGCGCGUGUUGGCCAACAUCGCCAUCCACCCGGGUGUGGGCCCCAUGCUGGCCACCCACCCGCGAGUCGUGGGCCCGCUCCUGACCAUGCUAGAAUACAAAUCACUGGAUGAUUGUGAGGAGCUGGUGAUCAACACAGCAACAACAAUCAACAAUUUAUCUUACUACCAAGUGAAGAAUUCCAUCCUUCAAGACAAGAAGCUGUAUAUUGCUGAAUUGCUCUUAAAGCUUCUCAUGAGUAACAACAUGGACGGAGUCCUGGAGGCUGUGCGUGUUUUUGGAAAUCUCUCCCAGGACCCCGAGGUCUGCGAUUUCAUUGUGCAGAACAAUGUACACAAGUUCAUGAUUGCACUGCUGGAUGCUAAGCAUCAGGACAUUUGCUUCUCUGCCUGUGGUGUUCUCCUAAAUCUCACUGUGGAUAAAGACAGGCGUGUCAUCCUGAAGGAAGGAGGCAGCAUUAAAAAGUUAGUGGACUGUUUAAGAGAUUUUGGUCCUACUGAUUGGCAGCUGGCCUGCUUGGUUUGCAAAACUUUAUGGAACUUCAGUGAAAAUAUCACUAAUACUUCAUCAUGUUUUGGAGAUGAAGAUACCAACACACUCUUAGUCCUGCUAUCAUCAUUUUUAGAUGAAGAACUAGCACUGGAUGGCUGCUUUGACCAAGACCUAAAAAACUAUCACAAACUCCACUGGGAAACAGAAUUCAAGCCUGUAGCCCUGCAGCUUCUAAACCGAAUUCAGAGGCAUCACACCUUCCUAGAAGCUCUGCCGGUUCCUUCUCUCUAACAUGACACGGGGUUACAACAGAAGCAGGGAAUUGGGCCUCCCUCCUGGGUAACAUGAGCAUUUUUCUUCAGUAUUAACAAAUAUUGAUGGUUUUAAAGCAUGAUUUUAGUAAGGAACGUAGGUAUUUUUAAGGAAAUGGGCAUUUCUUCUUGUUAGGUGUUGUGAGAAAAAUAAAUGUACUUGUUAUAUUUGACUAUGAGAAAUAUAAGAUGAAAAUAUAUGCAUUUUUAAAGUAAGU